UUUUUUAUUUCAUUUGCCGACAGUCUGAAAUUUAACAUGGCCAUAACCUAUAAAACUCCAAAAAAGUAUAUCUUAAAUCCGGCUUCUAUUACUCAUAAUAAUUGUUUAAUGAUAUAAGUUUUUCCUUAUAAGGAAUACGCUCAUUCUGUUUGCAAGAUUUAUUUUCGACAAUUCAUCUUAAACUAAUUAGUUUGGUGCAUUUUAAAUAAAAAAACAAUGUCCGAUCCUCGUUUACGUACAUUGAAAAUAAAAACUGGAAUUGUUAAACGUUUAGCUAAAGAGAAAAUAACUUACGAAAAAGAAUCCGAACAGCAACGAGAAAGAAUUCAAAAAUAUAAGGAACAAGGUAAAGAUGGAUAUGACAUUAGAAAACAAGAGGAAGUACUUCAGGAAUCAUUGAUGAUGAUUCCAGAUUGUCAACGUCGUCUCGCAAAAGCCUACGAAGAAUUGAAAAAAAUUCUCGAAACUGAGGAGGAUCUUAAAGAAGUCGAAGUAUAUAUUGAAGCACAAAAAGUUCUCGAGGACUCUUCAAGUCAAUUACCAAACGAAGGAGAAGUUUUGUCAUUGUGAUAAUUUUUUUUUUUUUUUGCCAAUUUAAAAUCAUCGCGUAAACAAAAAACAAACUUUUCAUAUUUUUUUACUUUUUACACUGAUUAAUUAAAAAAAUAA